GUGCGCGGUCUCCAUCUUCCGUCAGUGCGCGGCUGCGGCGCACAAAGGAGCGGCGGGGCCGGGACAGGGACACGGAGCGGCGGGGCCGGGACGCGGGGGGAGUGCGGGCCUCAGGGCCGCCCUGUGCGCCUCCCCGUAGGGCCGAGGGACUCUUCAGCGUGGCUCCUCCAGGUGAAAGCAGAGUCAGGUCUCAUGGCUCAGAGCCCCUGGUGAUGCUCUGGUGAGUGCUGGUUCCCUGGGUGCAUCUGGGACCUGUGGGUGCUGUGUGAGGGAGCUGACCUGCUCCUCAGCCAAACACAUGUACAGGCCUCCCUCUGGAUGACCAAUGUACGUUUAUAACCGAUGAUAUCAGAAACUGUCUCCAACUUCCCACUCGUCCCAGCCGGCAGCAGCGCUGACAAUGCAAAGAAGUCACGAUUCAGGAUCACACAAACAUUGCUCUUGAAGCAUUCUAGAUGAUUGUAGUUGCUUUGGCUGUGUUCUAUGCUAGCAGAAGCCUUUUUCAAGGUUUGCUGUUGACUCUAGAGCACCAGGUUCCUGGGCUGCUGGGAGCCUUGGCCGGCAGCAUGGGGAACUCCUGCGUUUGCCGCGAUGACAGCGGAGCAGAGGACAACGUGGAGUCCCAGAGCAGGCAAACAGAGAACAGCAGAGUGCACAUCCCUGAAGCAAGAACCCACCCGAGGGACCCUGUGCGCCCACCCAGGAGGGGCCGAGGGCCUCACGAGCCCAGAAGGAAAAAGCAGAAUGUGGACGGGCUGGUGCUGGACACGCUGGCAGUAAUACGGACGUUAGUAGAUAAUGACCAGGAGCCUCCUUAUUCGAUGAUCACAUUGCAUGAGAUGGCAGAAACAGAUGAAGGCUGGCUGGAAGUUGUCCAAUCUUUAAUUAGAGUUAUUCCAUUAGAAGAUCCCCUGGGACCAGCUGUUAUAACACUGCUGCUUGAUGAAUGUCCCCUGCCAACAAAAGAUGCAUUACAAAAGUUAACAGAAAUAUUGAACUUAAGUGGAGCUGCUGCCUGCCAGGAUGCUUCCCACCCUGCCAAGCACAGGAACACAACUGCAGUGCUGGGCUGCUUAGCAGAGAAGUUGGCAGGUCCUGCAAGCAUAGGCUUACUCAGCCCUGGUAUAUUGGAGUAUUUACUUCACAGCCUGAACUUCCAGUCCCACCCCACAGUGAUGCUUUUUGCACUCAUAGCACUGGAGAAGUUUGCACAGACAAGUGAAAAUAAAAUGACAGUUUCUGACUCAUGCAUCAGUGACCAACUGAUCUUGCUGGAGAAAUGGACAGAUAACCCAGAUUAUCUGAAACGCCAGGUUGGGUUCUGUGCCCAGUGGAGCUUAGACAAUCUGUUUUUAAAAGAAGGCAGGCAGUUUACAUAUGAGAAGGUUGAUUUGACCAACAUUAGGGCUAUGCUGAACAGUAAUGAUGUCAGUGAAUACCUGAAGAUCUCACCACAUGGAUUAGAGGCUCGGUGUGAUGCCUCCUCCUUUGAAAGUGUUAGAUGUACCUUCUGUGUUGACUCUGGAGUCUGGUACUAUGAAGUGACAGUCAUCACCUCAGGAGUGAUGCAGAUAGGAUGGGCUACCAAAGACAGCAAAUUCCUCAAUCAUGAAGGUUAUGGCAUUGGGGAUGAUGAAUACUCCUGUGCAUACGAUGGCUGCCGGCAGCUGAUCUGGUACAAUGCCAGAAGUAAACCCCACUCCCAUCCCUGCUGGAAAGAAGGAGACACAAUAGGAUUUCUACUAGACUUGCAAGAAAAGCAAAUGAUCUUCUAUUUAAAUGGAAACCAACUUCCUGCUGAGAAGCAAGUAUUUUCAUCUGCUGUGUCUGGUUUUUUUGCUGCAGCUAGUUUCAUGUCCUACCAACAAUGUGAGUUCAACUUUGGGGCAAAACCUUUCAAGUACCCACCACCAAUGAAGUUCAGUACCUUUAAUGAUUAUGCCUUUCUGACAGCAGAAGAGAAAAUCAUUUUGCCCAGACACAGGCGCCUGGCACUGCUGAAACAAGUGAGCAUCCGGGAGAACUGCUGCAGCCUCUGCUGUGAUGAGCUGGCAGACACAGAGCUCAGGCCCUGUGGGCACAGUGACCUGUGCAUGAAAUGUGCCUUGCAACUGGAGACCUGCCCUUUGUGCCGACAGGAAAUCCAGACCCGGGUCAGACAGAUCUCUCACAUUUCAUGACACACGGGGAGAACCACCCCAGAUUUGUUUUCACUGAACUCCAACCAACACUGAGAGGGGAAAGCAUCUCUAACCAACCUUAUGCACACAGAACCACAGCCACGGCCGGGUUCCAUGCUAACCUGGAAUGUGUUUAUCCCAGGAAUGGAAUCCUUCAGGAGCUCUUCCCAGUUGGCAGCAACAGGAGCUGGUUCCAGCAGGAAGGAGCUGGAGGUCAGGGUGCUGCAGGGUCCUGCAGGCAGGGGCACAGCAGGGUCUCCCCCUCUCUCUCUCUCUCUCUCUCUUCCCCUUUCUCACCUGUCCCAGGUACUGAAAAAAUGGAAAUAUCUCCCAAACCAGGGCCCUUCUGUCUUGUGCUCCAAAGUCUGGUUUUGGCAGCAGCCAGUGCUGAAAAGAGGAUGCUGGUGUUUUCCUGUAGCUCCUGCUGGUCAGACUCUGUGUUCUCCAGCAGUGGAUGUUCAGCUGCUCCCAGAUGGAAUGUGCACAGGUGGGUGGGAAAAGACCCUGUGGAGACUGCAGAGACACUCACGUGUUUUAAUACCUUGGUGAUUCCAAAGAAUGUCCUGAUUUGUUUUUUAAUGUUAAAAGAUGGGUGGUAUUUUCAAGUAAAUAUUUCCAAUGCUUUUAACUUCAGUACCCACACUUUUUUUUUGUGAGAAUAUAAUUUUCAGCAGGUAUUCUUAACUAAUUAUAAAGCUGGACUGGAA